AUGGAGGGCAGUGACGACGAAGAUGAGGACGAGGGCAGUGGCAGUGGCAGUGGCAGUGGCGAAGACAGUGAUGAGGAGCGCCACGAAGAUGAGGACAAUGAAGGAGAUGCGAAUCAAGAUCCACACACCACAGAAUAUCUCAUCGACGACGAUAUCGCUGAUGAGAUGGACGAGUUUGGGUAUACCGGCCUAGAUCAGGUUCUCGUGGAAGAUGAGGACGACGAUGCACUACUGGACGACGAUGCACUCGGGGCGGAAGAUGGCGAAGAAGCGCUGGGGGCCAGCAGUACUCAUAGUUACUGUACAAUGAUCAAUCAGAUUACACUGAAAAAUGGACAGACCGAGUCAAAUGCCGGAAUAGGGGCGCACAGAGAUGAACGGUGCAAACUGAUCACAGUGCAGUAUACUCAUGGAAGGGACGCUAGGAAGAGCCGGCAGUGCCUUGCGAGGAGCGUGGGAGGCUCGCGGGUGUUUUGUACAUGCCUCCAUGAUCUAGGCAUACUUGCUUCAGCCUCAUGGUACCCUACCACAAAUAGACUCCAGGAGUCUAAGCUCGAUUGGACAACUGUUUUACCUCGCCAAAGAGUGGUCACGGUGAAGGCUUAG